CCCUUUCACCUCGCAGCCGUUGGCUAACGUGGAAGUGAGACCCGCUGCCCGGCUGAGCACCCGGGACCGCGCUGCCCGGGACAGUUGGGCGCGCGGCCCGUCAACGGUGGGCUUCUCGGCGCGGCUCGGCCUUUCCCGGAAGGGAGCGAUGGGGCGCGCGCGCGCCGGCGAGCGGACGCCGGUGUAGGAAGCGCGGCGCCAGGCCCGGGAGCGCGGCGGCGGCGGCGGGCGCGGGGAGGCCUGUGAGGGCCGCCGCCCGGAGCGCCGGCCUCCCGCGCCAUGGCCCCUAUGGGCAUCCGCCUGUCCCCGCUGGGGGUGGCCGUGUUCUGCCUGCUGGGGCUCGGCGUACUCUACCAUCUGUACUCGGGCUUUCUGGCCGGCCGCUUCAGCCUCUUCGGCCUGGGCGGCGAGCCGGGCGGCGGCGGGGCGGCGGGGCCCGCGGCCGCGGCCGAUGGGGGCACGGUGGACCUCCGCGAGAUGCUGGCCGUGUCGGUGUUGGCCGCUGUUCGCGGCGGCGACGAGGUGAGGCGCGUCCGCGAGAGCAACGUCCUCCACGAGAAGUCCAAGGGGAAGACGCGCGAAGGCGCCGAGGACAAGAUGACCAGCGGGGACGUGCUGUCCAACCGCAAGAUGUUCUACCUGCUUAAGACCGCCUUCCCUAACGUGCAGAUAAAUACUGAGGAACAUGUGGAUGCAGCUGAUCAGGAGGUGAUCUUAUGGGAUCGUAAGAUUCCUGAGGACAUCCUGAAGGAAAUAGCCACCCCUAAAGAGGUACCAGCAGAGAGUGUUACUGUCUGGAUCGAUCCACUUGAUGCUACACAGGAAUAUACAGAGGAUCUUCGAAAGUAUGUCACUACUAUGGUAUGUGUGGCUGUGAAUGGUAAACCUGUACUAGGAGUGAUACAUAAACCAUUUUCUGAAUAUACAGCUUGGGCAAUGGUAGACGGUGGGUCCAAUGUGAAAGCCCGCACUUCCUACAAUGAGAAGACCCCAAGGAUCGUAGUGUCACGCUCACAUUCAGGAAUGGUCAAACAGGUUGCUCUUCAGACUUUUGGAAACCAGACUACCAUUAUCCCAGCUGGUGGUGCUGGUUAUAAAGUUUUAGCACUCUUGGAUGUGCCUGAUAAAAGUCAAGAAAAAGCUGAUUUAUAUAUCCAUGUGACAUAUAUCAAAAAAUGGGAUAUAUGUGCUGGCAAUGCCAUCUUAAAAGCCCUUGGGGGGCAUAUGACUACCCUGAGUGGUGAAGAAAUCAGUUACACUGGUUCCGACGGCAUUGAAGGAGGGCUUCUUGCUAGCAUCAGAAUGAACCACCAAGCUCUGGUCAGAAAACUCCCAGAUCUAGAGAAGACAGGACAUAAAUAAGCAAAGGCAAUCACAGAUCACAGCUCUUCCUCAGUUGAACAGUCAACCUGAAGCGUCUGGGGGCUUCAAAUGCAUCGGUGGAGACUCUGCAUGGUUAAGGCCAUCCUGAACUUUUUAAGUAUUUAUGAAGCAUCAGAGACUUACUUUCCCUGUAAUAGGAUGCAAGAUCAGGGAAAGUGGGUUGCUUCCUGUCUCAAGUAUUGUCUUUAUUUUUGAGACUAUUUUCGUAUGGUUGUCCUACACAAAGCACCCACACACACACAUGCAUACACACACACACACACAUUUGUGAAUUGAAAUCUAUAGCUGAGUCUACAUUGUUAUGAGUCACCAUGUUCACACAACAUCAUGAAUCUUCACUAUUUGUUAGUAUUUUCAUACAGAAUUGGGCUGAAGAAAGGAUUGAUUUUGUGUAGAUUUAAUACUACUUUACAGUUGUAUCUCAUUGAAAAUAAAGUAAUUGGGGGUUUUUAUCCCUAAUUCAGAUGGAAAGCACAAGAAGCCACACAUUCAUUAAUAUGCAACAAAUGCUCUAUUUAUCUGUUGUUACUGAAUAUUUCUUAUGGAUUAAAAAAGAAAAAACUUAAAUUGUUUUUUUUUUUCUUUGAAAUUUUAAUAAUAAGUUCACCAGCUAGUUGAGAAUAUAGCUAUAUGAUGAUUGCGUUGUAAUUGUAGUUUCUGUGUGUGUAUUUUUGUUUUGCUUUUUGUUUUGGUACAGAAAAGUGUAUUUGUACCCAUCGGUCCAACAUUCCUGCCAUCUUACUCUUGAUUUUUGUUUGCUCUGUGGACAUUGCAUGGUCCCAUCCUUUCCCUCCUAACCAACAUUUGGUCUUCAACACGUAAGGUUUGGAUUAAGGUUUCAGGGUUAGCACUAGGAUUUUGGUACAUGUUCUCCUUAGGGAUAAAUUAUGCACUAUAAGAAUAUAAAUUAUUGUUAGUUGAGUCAUUUGAUAUUACACAAAUUGAGCUAGCUUUCCUUAUUUUCAAAAGUUUUAGUACUUUUUAAAAACUUUGCCAGGUUUGUAUGUAGAGGUUCUAUCCUUACCAAGAAUGAUUUAUGGUUGCUUUCACCAUUAAUAAAUGGAUCUGACCUAAUCUCAAAGUAGUAAUUUUUAAUAUAUUUUAAUGUUUCUGUUCAGAUUAAAAUAACAAAGGUUAAUGUUACUUUUUGAUUAAUUUCUCUUUUAAUUCAGUAGGCAGAAUCUGACUGGAAGAAAGGUGGCAUAUUCACUGUGUCACUGUAAUUAGAUCCUUGUUUUGUGAAUUUCAUUGGGAUGUUGGAUUUCUGUUAGUAUGUUAUCUGGAAACUUCGUGUAAACAGUACCGUUAUUUCAUGUGACUUUGAUGUCCUUGUAUUUUAUAAUAUACUGAUUAGAGGGGAAGGGGAUUGCUCAUUGUUUUCUUCUUCCUUUUCUUUAAAACAAUUUUCCAUUUCUUUUCCUAUCUUAGAGGUAAAAUUGACCAAAGAAUGGACAUCCUCUUCUGGUGGAAUGUGCAUACAAUUUUAGGCCUGAGUUUUAUAGUCUCCAGAGUCCUUUCAUUCCUCCUUAGGGAACUGAAUUUAGUACAAAGCACAUGUUUCCACCCAGUCUCUAGCAACUGGUCACAGACCUGAAAGUGUAGUGGGCCUCAAUAGGUAAGAUUUGGUUCAGUGAAAAUUCAUACAAAGUUUUGGUAGUUGGAACACUCGAUAUUUAAACAGGACUUAGGGGAGUCAGAAUAGAAUAUGGGAGACCUCAUCUUUUUACUUUUCAAUUAAACAAUAUUUUUUUUCCUCAGGAGAGAUGGCAGAGGCAUAUACUCUUUCCAGAGUCCAUGGUAUAAGCAUUUAUUUUAAUUGUAAUGUAUCAGAAAUGGGGCAAGAAGACUGGCAUAUUAAGAAAUGGCAUUUAAUUGUGGAGUUUUUUUUUUAAAUAUUACAUGGAAACUUUGUAAUUUAAUGGAAAUGAAACUAGAUCAUAUUACCAAGCAUGAUCGCUUUCGUUUUAUUUUUAAUUCCAUUAAUCUGCAUGUAGAUAAUGACUUUGCGAAGGGCUUGUGUUGUGUACAAAAAUUAAGAUAUUGGCUGACAGAUUAAUGCAUUAUUUUUAUAAUUUGUUGGGUAUAGUCUAGUUACUAAUGGUUUUUACGUGGUUUUGUAGAAAAUUCAUUUUUAAUUUUUUUUCUAAAAGAUAAUGUACAUUAUAGAACUAAUAUAAGUAAAAAGAACAGUAUUUAUAUUUAUUAAUGUGAGACAUUUCCAUGCCAGAACAUACCAGUAAAACACCAUGAAUAAGUGAGGCAUGUACUAUCUCUCAGAAUUACAUAAAUUACUUCUAAAAUGUAGCAAAAUAACUAGAGUUGAACUUUUAGUGAGCCUCACCUCCCCAACUCCUGGUCUUCCCUUUCCUUUAUCUUUGCCCUCAUUUAGAGCACAAUGUUCCCUUAAACUUGAGUUUUACACAUCACAUUUAGUAAAAGUAGUGGCAUCAGUAGCUUCAGUAUAUAUUAGCUGUCCCUUUGCUCUGGCCUUCGUCUCUACCUCAUUCCCUGGUUCUACAGCCUGUUGAUGUUCUUCUAUAUCUGCCCCUCUUUCUGGACCAGUAUUCUCCCUCAAAACUUAACCCCUGAGUUCUCUCCUAGACCCACUUCUUUCAAGAUUGACUGCUGAAAUAUUAUGGUAGAACUGAGUUAAGUUCUUAGGGAGAUGAAGCUGGGCAAGAAUUCUGGUUGACCAUCACUCCUCAAAGAUGUUCUCAAAAGAUAAAGGAAAAUCACGUUCAAAACCACAAAUAUUUACACAAUCGAGUCUAAUCCAGUGCUUCUGUCUUUACAAAGCAUUUCUCCAGAUCCUUUCUUCACAGAAUGAAAAUGCAGAAGAUACAAGAAUUAGGUAUAUAAGCCUGCUAAUGAAAACCUCCUUUUUCUGUUGGCUUUCAUACUUGUGUCCCUAUUUCAGUUGAGAUUACAAAGGGCCUACAAGGUGGGUCAUAUUUGGUAUUCAAUUGUCCUCUUUAAUUGUAUUUUUUCUGGAUUUUAUUAUUUUUCUGGAUUUUAAAUCAGCAUUCAGAUGAAUAGUUUAUGGCUAUAUGAUGAAUCUAAUAAGUGUUUAGUUCAUGAAUCUAACAAUUGUGCAAAUUCUGUUCGCUUGGUGCUCCCCUUGAAUAAUGGGCAGAUUGGGUUGGAGGAAGUAGGGUAAGUAGAUAAGAAGAGGGUGGGAAGGAAGAAAGCUCCAGGGAAGGGUAGGAGAGGGAGAAUGCAGAGCAAAAAAGCCUCCCUCUCUGCCUUGAGCCCUGGGAUCAGGAACUCUGCCCUUGUCUCAGAUGUUAAAAAAUUGGAUCUCACUUGGGCUUUGAAGGUGACAACUAUCUCUGAUAGCAACGCAAAAGUAAAGAAAGCUGGGGUGGCACCACCCCCAGUUCCUCAAGAGAAUAUCCAGCUUGCCUCUCCUUUGAUAACACCUUAAAAAUGGCCUCAUGGAGACAAUCUUUGGCAGGUUAAAAAUAGAAUCUACUUGGGUUAUUCUAGCUUCAGCUAUUUAUCUUGGCUAUGUGUUGACUGGUCCUGCACAGAAACUGAUUUUUCAUUUUUGAUCUUGGUUGAAUCUGAGCUAUAUUAUUUGCAGUAUAUGCCUAUAAAAAAGUCUGUCUUGUAACUGUUAUAUAAAAUAAACCUAGUCUAUGGUUUCAUUUUUAUUCUAAAAAAAAGUUGUGCCUUAACAAUAGGGCAUUGUAUGUUAAUAAGGGAAAAUAAAAUCUUUUUUUAAUAGAUGGGGAAAAUAAGAACUUUUUGCCAUUAAAAUUUAAGUUCUUGUAACAUUUUUAAUAUUAGAGUUGGGGGAAAUUCAUUAAAGUUAAAUACAAUUGAUAUAAACUUAUUUUUGCAUAACCUAGCAUUUACAACUAAAGUACAUUUUUAUAAGAACUGGCAUCUUGAUGUAUAUAGGUCUGAAAUGAUACUUCAUCCUUUGGUUUUUAAUUUGAAUUACUACAAGACCAGGAUAAGGUAUAUUUAAAAUUUUUUUUCUUUUAAAUUUUUAGUGUACUAUUAUAUUUGUUCUACUAGUCCUCUGAGUUGCUUUGGUUUUUAAAAAAAUAGCUAUUCAUGAUACCAUAUCAAUAAUUUAUUAAUGCUAAAAGAUACUAUGUGUUAUGUGACUUAACAAACCAGAACAGUUCCUGGAUUGAGGGGGGGAGGGGUUUGAUUAGCAGUUACUAAGAGGGCAAGAAGAAUUGAACUUUGUAUUUCAAAAGGUUUUGGUUUUAUGAGGUGCUGUUUAUGUAAGAUACAUAUAUAUGAUUUAUUUUUAAUCAAAGCCUGGCAGGUAUUAGCAUUCCAGUUUACUAUUGGUUUCUGUUUAAAAGUUAUUUUUAAAAUUGGAUAGUGAAUUAAUUCUGUGGGAAAAUGAGAUUUAUAAAAGAAGUAGUUUUUUUUUUUUAAGGUAAAAUAAUAUAAGCCAAACUUGUAGAAGUUAAGGCUGAUGAAUAAUAUUAAAGCAACAUUACAUAUUGUGUUUGUAAGUGUUCUCUAAAGUAUUAUAAUUAAGGUUAAUUUGUAUAAAUUACAAAAGCAGAAACUGUGAUGUUUGAUUAGUAGUAUGUUCUGUUAAAAUUCCUCUUGAGGUAUGUUCUACACAUAGUUAUUCAGGAAAGACUUGAUCAUCUUGUAUUUUUUUAAAUAGGAAAUACAGCAUGCCAAGUCAUCAUUAGAUCAGUUAGCCUAGAAAGACUUAAUCUCUCUCCACAAAUUAUCUCUUCUAAACUGUCUUCAUCGUUUAUGCUGAGUUGAAGAGGUAACAUUUAAGGACUUUAAUUCAUGUUUAAAAAUACGGACUUUCAAUUUCCGUGUAGCAUUACAUCCUCCACUGGCAGGAGCCAAAGCUAGUCUUAUAGUCUAACAAGAGAGAACUUGUUCUGCCAUGAUAAACUGUGGUGCUCCCAAUGGAUUCCCCCCCCACCCCAUUUAAUGAUGUUACUUAAGCUUCUGGAUGUAUAUAUACGCAUGGGGUUGAGUUUACACAUAAUGGUGUUUCCUGCUCAUAUCCCUGCCUCUUCAGACUUUGUUUUUUUAAUAGACCUCACUUCUGUAGAUCUUUUUUCUUAUAAUGGGCUAACAUUGAUGAGAGGAAUUAAAAAUAAAUACCUUUGAGUACUCCUGCCCUAAUCACACAUUUAAAGCUAUGGAGGAGCUAGUCCCAUUUCCUGGUGCCAAGCCAUGCUUGGGCACCAUACUUCUCUUGGCAUGCUGUAUCCUGCCUCACGCACAGCACCAAAUUAAGGGGGUCCUGACUUUAAUCUCUACUGAGAAGUUAACUCUUCUCCGUGUUUUUAGAGCAGUUAUUUUGUACCUCACCUAUAGCACUCAUUUUUAUAUGUGCUGUUGUAAAUUUCUUAAGGACAGGGAUUGUGUCUUGGUGAUCUUUGUAUUGUAUUUCCACAUCAACCCCAGCAGCUAGCCCAGUGUCUUGAAUAAAUUAGGUGCUUAAUGUGUGUUGAACUAAAUUGAAUAAAGAAGUACUACUAGAAUAAGCAUUUUUCAUGCUUUGAUUGGGUAAACUGAUUGUUUUGUUGACUCUGUCAAUAUUUAUGAUUAUCACCUCAUGCACACUAAAUUAUUUUUUAAAGUUUUGCUUUCUUUAGAUACUACCCCAUGGACAUUUAUUUAGCUCUAGAAAAUGUGAUUGCUUCCAAUGAAAUGACUGUCCCAAACUCUCUGCUCCUGGAUAUACUUUGCCAAACUGAAAUUUGAAUAUUCUGAAUAAAUUGGUCAUGUCUGAAAGAAA